AUGUCGCACUCCGAAACCACCCCUCACGCUGCGCACUCGCUCUCGCCGUCCCCCACGAUUACCCGCCAUCGCGCUGGCAUAGCACCAGCCGUUCGCGCAAAUGACAUUCUAGGAUCUAUUACCGGCGGAGCGCACUAUUCUGGCGCUUUGCCACAGCGGAAUGCCGACGAGCCGCCUUUGCACCCAAAGGCAUGGCGGAGGCGUAGUCUGCGCAGCACAGAACUUGAUCCUAGCGUCGCCCUUGCGUUCAAGGACGUAGUCAGUGAUCUUGAGCAGCUUUAUGGGGGGAAACCCAAUUUAGAGAUUGUACGCCGGCGGUGGAACAAAGACGCGUUGCUAGAACAUCCCUUGUUCAAGUGCAAGAACCUCCACGAAAUCAGCGCGGUGCUAUUCGCCCUGCCUCGCUUGCUCAAGACAGUGCAACAUGUUCAAACACGCAUCCUAUCCGCCGGCCUUUCACCAAAUCGCCUAGUAUAUACGCAAACAUAUGUGUACACUCUUCGCCUCUUUGGGAUUCGCAAGGAAAUCAAGUCAGUUGUUUUCGUAGACCUGGACGAGGACAUGAAGAUCGUGCAGCUUAUGGACGAAUGGAACGGAGAAGAGCCCUCCUCCCGGUGGGGCGCCGCGUCGCUCCGCAGACUCUUCGCGAAGAUCAUAUCCUGGACGACGCGGGUGCCCAAGCAUACGGGUUGAGCGUCAU